CCUCCCAUUCUCCCGAAAGGAAAAAACCUCGCAAAACCCUCGCCCCCCACCACCACCCCCCGCCGCCGCCGCCGCCGCUUCCACUACCGGUAAACGGCAGCAUGAGUCGGCACCCUGAAGUGAAGUGGGCUCAAAGGAUUGACAAAGUUUACAUCACUGUACAACUAGCUGAUGCUAAGAAUGCCAAGGUCAAUCUGGAACCAGAAGGUGUAUUCUCUUUCUCUGCUACAGCUGGAACUGAUGGAAACUUGUAUGAAUCAAAGCUAGAGUUGAACGACAAAGUAAAUGUCGAGGAGAGCAAAAUAAGUGUAGGAGUCAGGUCCAUAUUUUGUAUUGUAGAAAAAGCUGAGGCCAAAUGGUGGAAGAAGCUUGUUCGAGAUGAUCAAAAGGCACCACACUUCGUGAAAGUUGAUUGGGACAAGUGGGUUGAUGAAGAUGAUGAUGGUGCUGAUGUUAAUGUCGAUGGCAUGGACUUUUCGAAUUUCGGUGGAAUGGGUGGAAUGGGCGAUAUGAUGGGCGGCAUGGGUGGUAUGGGUGGCAUGGGUGAUAUGAUGGGUGGUAUGGGCGGCAUGGGUGGUAUGGGCGGUAUGGGUGGCAUGGAUGAGUUUGAGGAUGAGAGUGACGAUGAAGAAGAGGUGUCAAAACCUCAGGACGCCGAGAAGGCUGCAGAAGCCGGAAAGUCCCAGGAGUCGGACGCUAAAGCCGAGACAAGUUAAAAGCAACAGAAGGCAUCCUACAUAAUUCCUUCCUCUUUUGCAUCCCGUGUUUUAUGAAUCUGCUGAACUGAAGGACACAUUUUACGUUAUGACGGUAGGGAUGGGUGCUCCCUUGUAGACUGAAACUAUGAAACUGGAGCUCCAACUGAGCAUGCAAACCAUUCUUGGAUUGUUUUCUUAAUGCGCUUUGAUGCUUCAUUGCUCUCCAAUCUUUAUAUCGAGCUGUGGAUCUGCUUU